AUGGGCCAGAUUAGGAAGGGCGGUACAACGGUGGGACUUGGCGUUGGUGUUUUGGAACAUCAAAGAUGGACAGGGUUUUCGCGGAGGUCGCUCCUCAGAUAUCUCCACAACUACAGAUCGGGGAUCUUCCAAAAUCGAGAAGAUUGGUGCAUAUGGCUAGGUCUCUUCACCUUACAAUUUGUAUGGCACUUUGGCCCGGGGUUGUGGUGUGGUAGGGGAGAACGGGGGAUACUCCCACACAGGAGUUUUGAACAACGUCCGGUUCACGUUUGGCUGGAUAACUCCACCACCACACAGGGUAUGCGGUCGGCGAUGGGGUCAGAAUGCUCGUAUGAUCGAGGGCUUUUCGAUGGAUCUAUCGGCGGGUUCUUAUUCGAAAAAUCGAGCGAGUUCGUGGUGGAGCGGUCGUUGGCCAUCUCUAUUUAA